AUGCCCAUGGUCACUAAGUAUGCUAAUAUCAAUUUAUCUUCAUUAGAUUAUGAAGUACAUUUUCAAUUACAAAGACGUGAACAUGUUGGUCUUGGUUAUAAAGGACUUGAAUCAUUAAAUUUAUUUAGUCAUGAUAAUUUAUUUGUUCAACGAUCAAUUGAAAAACAAAUUAGUAAUGUUCAAAUUCAUGGUCAAGCAUUUGGCGUUGGUAUUGAAGAAGAUGAACAUGAUAGAGUUUUAUUUGCUGAAGAUGAUCUUAAAUAA